CACCCAGCUGAUGGAGGCAAACAACCCGAAGAGGAGGCUGAAGAGGACCAGUGACUGGGCCUUUCUGGAUGCCACGGUCGCCUGAGCCACGUCCCCACGGCUGAGCGCAGCACGGGUCUGGCACGGGAGGAGAAGGGGAGAGAAGAGCACCAGGAAGGGGACUCAAGACACCGGUCCACAGUGUGUGAGAAGAUCAUGGAGCUGCUGGGGCAGAACGAGGUGGAGCGGCGGCAGAGGAAGGUCCUGAUCCUCAGCCAGGACAGCUUCUACAAGGUGCUGACGCCCGAGCAGAAGGCCAAGGCGCUGAAGGGGCAGUACAACUUCGACCACCCGGAUGCUUUUGAUAACGAUUUGAUGCACACAACCCUGAAAAGUAUCGUUGAGGGGAAAACGGUGGAGGUGCCAACGUACGACUUUGUGACCCAUUCUCGGCUGGCAGAGACCACGGUGGUCUAUCCCGCUGACGUUGUCCUGUUUGAGGGGAUCCUGGUUUUCUACAACCAAGACAUCCGGGACAUGUUCCACCUCCGGCUCUUUGUGGACACGGACUCGGACGUCCGGCUGUCCCGCCGAGUUCUGCGAGAUAUGAAACGUGGGAGGGACCUUGAGCAGAUCCUCACCCAGUACACCACGUUUGUCAAGCCUGCCUUUGAGGAGUUCUGCCUGCCGACAAAGAAGUAUGCUGAUGUGAUCAUCCCCAGAGGAGUUGACAACAUGGUUGCCAUCAACCUCAUCGUGCAGCACAUCCAAGACAUCCUGAACGGGGACAUCUGCAAGUGGCAGCGCGGGGCGGUGAACGGGCACGUCCGGCCCUACAAGCGCCCGUUCCCGGAGCAGACGGAAAGCGGCGGCAGCGGCAGCAACGCGCUGGCGACCGGCAAGCGCUCCCACCUGGAGUCCAGCAGCCGCCCACACUAACUGACCUCCUGAAGGAUUUGCCUCUGGUCCAGACCAACACUGAAGACAGCUUGGGGAAAGAAGGACUUCAAGCAGAAUGGUUGGUGAAGUGCCCUUUAAAUCAUCCCAGCAGCGGAGGGGGAUACGGGUGUGAAACCUUGGGUGUGAAACUUCGGGUGUGAAACUUCUGGCAGAGGGAAGGGGAAGGAGCUGGGCUGCUGCCCCUCUCCCCUCCACACUCCCUCCCAUUUCUCCCAGUGUUGUCUGGAGUUGCUCUGUUACUCAGUGAACUGGUUAAAGGCAGUGCCACUUGCCUUUUUUGUAAUUUUCAAAAUGAGAUCUAAGGCUGAAGUCUCCCUUGAAAAUUAAGCGCUACCAGUGAUUAGCAAGCUAGCCCAGCUCCCUGAUGAUGAGCUUCCUUAGCAGGAAAAUUAGCUGCCUUUUUUUUUUUUUUUUUUUUCCCCUUCAAAAGACGAGUCUCUUCAUCCAAGACUAGCUCACACCUUGCUCAUGUAACCAAGCAGGUGCAGUCCUUGCUCUUCUCCACCUUGAUGGGACCUUGAGUUCUGGCAUCGCUCUCCUGCUGCUCAGCCUCCUUUGUCAGGUGUAGCAGCACGUGGGGCAGGCUUGGCCUGCAGAGGAAUUUCCCCCCCGGAGACAGAGAUGAAACAGAGAGUGUCUGAGGCAAAUGGGAACUUGCAGUUCAGGGGAGGCCAGGCCCAAGAUCUUGUGUGAGUCUGGUGCCUAAUUUAGUCCUUUCUAAGCACCUGAACCUUGCUACGCUGUGUGAUUAAUUUUUGUGCCCAGUCUUUACCAGAGUUUUCCAAUAUGUGAGCUCCAGCUGGAUUGAGUUGCUCAUGGAAAUGGAAACCUGACCUUGUCAGUAUGUGUGUCUUCUAGGGUGUUUCUCUACUGCUGGUUGCAGAUUCUGCUGGUCAGAAUCCAUCCACUUUCAGAGCGGGGGGAGCUGUGAAGUGCCAGACCCUCCUCCUGGUGGCACAGGCAGCUCUGGACAUGCCUCUGCCCUCAGACAGGGUGAAAGUCUUUGCCUUGCACUCAGGCAGUUUAAACAAGAAUGUCUGGCUUUCUAAAAGAGCUGACAAGAGGCUGGAAGUAUCAACAGUCUGAUCCCAGUUUCUUGAUUUACCCCAGAUAAGUGAUAUGCAACAAUAUAAAGUUUAUGAAGUGCUGGUUGGGCCUUUGAAAAUGUCCUUGUGAGUCUGGACUUUUACAGUGUCAUUUUAAGAAAGGGGGGGGGCAAGAAAUAUUAAGGGGAAUGUUUUCAUAUUUGCUAGUUUUCUGAAAAACAGGGCCUGGCUGUGUUGGGGGGUGUGUGUGUGUGGAGGGGUGUGUGUGUGUGUGUUCUUUGGCUAAUUAACAACUGAAAAACAGUGAGCAGAAAUGACUGUUUUAUAUGAGGUAUUUGUGCUACUUGCACUGCAGCGGCAGAAAGGGACAGGAAGGAACAAGUCUGGAGAUGCCCUUAUACUCAGUCCUUUCUUCCCUUGGCUCAGCGUUGUUGGCUGAGCUUUGGUAACGGCUGCUUCAGGAAAAGGAGAAAAACAAACAACACUUCAAAAAAAUGCAGUCUGCACUUUCAGCCCCGUAGUCUUUUCAACACUGGAAAUCAGUCGAUGUUUGUUACCCAGCUGUGAUCUCCCAGGUCAGGGGUACGUCUGUCCUGCUGAGGAGAAAGCAGCUCAUUUCCCAGCUGCUGCUGGGUGCUGCUCAGCUCAGGGUGCCAAACUUAGAGCAUGAGCUACCGCAGUGAAGCAUGAGCUACCGGGGCUGAUGAAGGAGGAGGAAAAUAGUCACUAAAACCUGCUUUGAAUGACUGUGGUGUUUGAUCAUCCCUUCCUCUGGGGGGCGGGGAGGGAGCUCAAGGCAGCCUGGAAUAGCAUCUGUUAGAGCAGUUAGCAGCACCCUGUCUGGCUAGGGUCAGCUUGAAGCUGGAUUGCAAGAUCCUGCUGCUGCAGCCACAUGGAAAAAUAAAUCAGUCAGUGGUGUAGGUACUGCAGCCCCUAACACCUGUACAGAGCUGUUAUAAAUUCCCUGCUGAGCAAUCCCAGGUGCCUCUGGCACCUUCUAUCCUGUGAGCUCCUCUGCUGGUGCAGGCCAGGGCAUGGCCUGAGUCACUGUUCUUACCCUGAGGCCGUGGGUGCAGGUUUGAGCAGGUUUCCUUGUCAGCCUGAUCAUUUCUGCCUCACUUAGAGCUCGUCUUGGGAUGAGGCUUGAGGGGUAAUCCUGCAGCCCAGGAGCAGGAACACGAGGCCAGGGGACUCUUCUGGCUUUGGCUGACUUCUUGGCCUGCCUGGAGCUUUGUUUAUAGCUUAUUUAGCUGUAACAGCAUUUUUUUGUAAUGCCUCUGUUUUAUUUUUGCCUAGCUUCAUAAAAAUGAUGGUUAUGCCAAAUGAUUAUCCACAGAUAACAGUACCGAGUCGUUAUGUUAUGCAAAAUGGACUAUUUAUAAACUUGGCUUAAUGCUGUAAUUAAUGAACCAGGGAUGAUGAUAGCAGAGCAUUGACUUGGGGGAGGGGCAGAGAAUGCUCUGAUGGGGGAUACAGCCAUGGGAUGAUGCUGAAGACUGCAGGGCCAGUUAUUGACAGCUAAAUAUGUGUCAGUUUUGGGGCUGGGAAAACCAGGAAUAACAAAGGAAAAAGGAUGCAGUAUGUUGGAGAGUAUCUGUUCACAGUGACUUGCUGUAACCUGGAAUUGCAGACCAAGGUGCUAGGGAACAUAAACAUAAAUAUAGUGCAACAAGAGUGUGAGAAGGAAGAGACCAUCAUCACCAGGGAGGAGGAAGAAGGAGCCCUUGGAGCCUGAUCCUCCCAGCAAGGGUCCUGGGAUGCUGCUGGACUGAAGUCAGCAACCUCCCAACCCCGAGGGGCAGUGGGAGGGUGAAUGUAACAGGGGCAGAGACUGGGAAUUGUGCUCCUAGCAGCUCUAGCACUGUUGAGACCUCUCUCUUUUUUGGUAACAAUAUUCUUUUCUUUUUCUGUAAUAAUUAGAUCUGGACUACUAUCCCUUAUUUGAUCAGACUGUUCAGAUUUCCAUGAUACUAACAAUAAACUCUUGGCUUUGCAUAGAA